CGUAACACGAAGAGCGACAGACGAUCGGUGUGUCAUCGGACUGUUAGGCUCGGCUUCCAGGGCCGUCCGCGCCUUGAGUCCCCCAGCGGUAGCGACUCGACCGAUAGUGAAACUAACCAUCGAUUAUCCUAUAGGCGGGCCUUUUUUUAUGUCACGCUCUGUGGAGUUGACGAGGUGCGCACAAAGCGCGUGCACGACUUUCUGUGUUGUUUAAAUCAGGUCUCACAUUUGAGCACAAACAGUCUGUGCACUCGGGAACGGAACGGCGACAUUUCAGGCGGUUUUGGAUGGUUUUUUUACCAAGAUUUUCGGCCGUUCGUAUAGCAGCACAGAUGUGUUACGGGGGUACCACGGGUGUGUAUAGCUCCCGGCUCGCCGCCUUGUAAGUGCCUCGGCUGGCCGGGAAUGUCGUAAGCAUGUUCCGUGCUUCUGUCGAAGUUCUGCAGGACGCUGGCAGCCUCCCAGCCUUGCCUAUACAUGCCUACAUGGUAUAUACACAACCGGUGAACUCCUGAAAUCGACGGUGGCAAUAUGUUUAUGAUUAAAAUCUGUGUCGUGCUGGGAUUUUUUACCACGCAAGGCCUUUCCGCGGCUUCCCCAGAAGGACCAUGUGGCAGUGCGCUUGGGAUGGAGAAUGGUGGCCUUACAGACAGACAGCUCUCUUCCACCAACCCAGCCUCCCCGGCCCAGGAAGCCAGGCUAAACACCGGGGGUGGCUGGGUGGGGAAGGAUGACCAGAGCCAGUACAUCACCGUUGAAAUGACCUCCACAAAAAGGAUAUCAGCAAUUGCCCUUCAAGGUCACGGCAGUUCCAACAACUAUACCAAGACAUUCCGUCUGUACUACAGCCUGGACGGCCUGGUUUGGAGAGGCUAUUCUAACCGCCAAGUUAACAGCAGGGGGAGUGAAGCGGAAGAGCUAAGGGGAAGCAACAGGAGGAGACCAGUUGUCAAAGUGACCUUGACCCCAUUUGAGGCUCGUUACAUUGCGGUAAAUCCCCAGACAUGGAGAGGCAGCCCAGCCCUCAGGUUUGAGAUUUACGGCUGCGACUCCAUGACCCCUGUUGCCAGAAAACCCACACAGAUAACUGAUGACAUCCAGCGAAGCACUGUGUGGAGAGCAGAGGAAAGCCCUUAUGUGAUUGGUCGAGAGAUCCGCGUAAAACCAUCUGCUUUUCUGGUCAUUCAUGCUUGUGUUGAUGUUGUCUUUACAUCACAGGAAGCAGGGCUCCUUGUUAAUGGGGUGUUGAAGGCUGAGGGGACCUCUGAAAGGAGAGUGAGGUUUUCGUCCUCACAGAUUCCGGUGGAAAGUUCAGACUAUGGCUGGCAGGGCGUACGAGCUGACUCAGGAGAAAUACAACUCUCCUAUGCAGAUGUUCUCCAGGCUAGAACAGGGGUGACUGCACCUGCAGGGAGAGUGACCUUGAAAUCCAGCUGUAUCAGUUUGUGUGGCACAGGUGUAAACAUCGUGAAUGGUGCACAGCAACAAACAUGGUUUUCGCUCAGUGAAACAUCAGUAGAUAAGUGUGGGUAUGGCGUUCAAGUGUCGGGCACCCCAAUGUUAAGCCGUGUUCAAAUCACGAAGACGAAUAUCACAAGAAGUACGUUUGUUGGCUUGGAGAUCCGUGAUUAUGUGGAUUUCAGCAUAACGAGCAGUGCGAUAUCCCAGAAUUCCUUGCACGGUGUUGUCAUGGAUUCAUCUUACACAACUCGAUUAAGGUUUGAAGAAGUGGUGGUUUCGCAUAAUGGAGGACACGGUUUGGCGCUGAAUAUGCGCGGUAACUUCAUACCUCAGAAGUAUGUCGUAAUAAAAAAGUCCAGAUUUGUGUCCAAUAAUUUGGAUGGUGUCAACCUCAGAGGAGAAUUUGGACAGCAGGCAGAGGCAUGGAAUAUUUUGGAGAACUCGUUUGAGACGAACAACAAAUCGGGCCUCAACGUGAGCCUUGAUGCUAGUUCCUCAGAUGCUAGGGCGCUUUUUGUUCGAGACAACAUUUUCUCAGGUCACAUGACUUCUAACAUUCCAUUGAGCAUCGUCAUUUUGGGAAAUUUUCGCUCCACUGGAUCGUACGAUAUUGAACGAAAUAAAUUUUUCAACAACAUCAACGGAAUGUUUUUGAAGUUAGAUUCUCAACCUGAAAACUAUGUCACAAAACUUUCCCGCAAUUCCUUUCGGCGCAUCUUGUCGGGGCCUGCUAUAGAUGUGGAUGCUGAUGGAUCGCAGAUUUUGCGCAACACAUUCACAGACUGCGAGUCUGAGGAAGUGGUAAAGAUUCGACGUGGCCAGCGAAACGUCAUGCACAACAACACCUUCAACAAUCCUGAUGCCCAGUACGAUAUUUCUUUGGGCGUUCCAUUCCAGCUCCAUCGUAAAAUAAACGCAUCAUUCAAUUACUGGGGUGAUCGCCAGAGCAGCCAUGUGCGAUCUCGCGUCCAGGAUUUCUACGCAAACCCUGACCUCAUUAUUGCAAUUGUAUCCCCGUUCUUCACUUCGAGCAGUCUCACUGAGAUUUCCACAGGAACUGGUGACAGGUAUUACGUGGAUGCGUACGGAUUUGCCGGAGGACAGCUGACAAGAAACCUGACAGUGAAGCGAGGCAGACUGUUCCGUGUGGGGAGGACCAUUCAUAUACACCCCAGCGUUACCAUGACGAUAGAACCAGGGGCCAAACUGCUGUUCAGGAAGCUGGCUGGGAUUUACGUUGAGGGUGUGUUACGUGUGUUAGGCAGCAGUAGUCAGACAGUUUCAUUGUUACCUGCAGAACCCUCAUUAUACCCUCAGUGGUCAGGUAUAAGACUCUACAAAGCAGAUGUUUCGAUUCGUUUUUCAAAGAUCUCCAGUGCUGUAGCCUGCAUUCAGUUUACGGACUCACUUCCUGUAAAAGUGCUGCUGACCAAUGUCACCUGUAUCCAUAGCAACACAGGUAUGUCUGGACAAAUUAGCGGAGAGACAACGAUCUCGCUGCACAACAGCAAAUUCACCAACAUUCGCGGCCACGGACUGUAUUUCUCUCUGGGAGAAAGCCUGAACUUUGAUCUCACCAUGACCUCGUCCGAGCUCAGUCGAUGCCAAAAAGGAGCUUUGACCUUGGAAGACACGGGAAUGUCCUUCAAACAUGUCAGCACAAACUUCAGGAAGUUAUUUCUACGAGACAACGGUCGAGGGAUGUUUUUUUACACGUACACCAAUGUGAAGCUACGGUUCUUUCUGUCUGACUCUGUCAUAGAACGACAACGAGGCUUCUCAGUUAACCUUGAUUCUCGAGUCGUGAAAAUGUCAAUUUCCAGAACAAGGUUUAUCAAAAAUCAAAAUGGCCUCUACGUGUCCAUGCGAGGCAGCGAAGACUGUGAGGACAAAAUCAGAAUCGCUGAUAACGAAUUUAGUAAUUCGGUUCAAAGCCAGGAAUUGCAGAUAUACAGUUAUCGUGGCAACGGCCGGUGUCAGUUGUUGGUUUCACGAAACUUUUUUCAGAGAACAGAAUCUCAGCCUUUCGGGGCGUUGUAUAUAUUGUCGAAUUGGUUCACACGUAUUAGUGUUCGAAACAACCACUUCCAUGGAAUAGCGGGAACGGCCAUUGAUUUGAACGCUGAAAGUGAAGCGCAGUCUGUUGUUGUUUACAAUAACACCAUCACGCAGUGCAAACAAGCGCUCCUCAUCAAAUCAAACGAAGUCCAAGUGGAAGUUACCCACAAUUCCCUGAUUCAGAAUUACGGCAGUGAUAUUGUGGAUUUAGAGCCCGUGUUCACUACACCUUCUGCAGGACAACUUAAAUUCUCUCAAAAUUCACUGGAAAACAACGGCAAUGGCACCAUCCUGGUUCUAAGAACAUCCUCCGUUUCAGUUCACUACAACGUUUUUGCCAACCCUGCUUCGCAGUUUAACGUGAAAAUGGCCUGCGCUGACUGCUGGGGCCAGGAGAUCAAUGCCACCAUGAACUACUGGGAUGCCGUGGCCUCACGAGACAUCUCGAGGAAGUUACAUGACAAGCGAUCAGACAGCAGCCUCCCCAAGAUAUCCUUCACCCCUUACAUGCGCGAUCGGCGCCUGCAGACGAUUUAUUCAGCGUCAGCCAAGUUCGUCACGGAGAACAGGAUGUUGGGAGGGAUUGUGGGAGGAAAUGUGACGUUGGAUGCCAGCCAAAGCCCUUACACGGUUGUGUCGAGCGUUGUGAUUGGUCCAAAUGAUGUCCUAAUCUUGGAGGCCGGCGUGACGUUGCUGUUUUACACAAACAUGGCCAUUACAGUUGAAGGAAUCUUGAUUGUGAAUGGGCAGGAGACGCAGCCUGUGGUGCUCAAACCGUUCAUCACCGGCAGCAGAUGGAGUGGGGUGGAGAUCAUCCAGACUGCAGAAAAAGCGAAUGCCUCCCUCUUGCAUCACUUGGUUUUGAAGGCUACAGAAUACGGGCUGUCUGUUAAAGGAGAGUUGCCCAGGAUAAACCAUGUGACCUCCUCUGGCUCCACCCACUCCGGCAUGAGCGUGGAAUUAGCUGACAGUCCAAAGCAUAGCGUUCCAAGAAAUCUCAACAUGUCUUAUAACGCUGGCCCGGGCAUCACCGUGAAAAUGAACGGAGCUUCCAGGUCCAAGUUUCUAAUUUCUGCUUGUUCUUUGACCAAUAACCUGCAUGGUUUAUCAGUGAUAGAAGGCGGAGACUUCACCAUAUCACGCUGCACCAUUUCCCAUAAUUCCCACAGCGGCAUUCAUGUUUCAGACUUUUAUGAAGGUGCCAUGUUAAUUCAAGGUUCAGAGUUCGAAAGGAAUCAAGUUCAUGCCAUUUUGUCCGUGGCAAGCCAUCAGAACCCGCGUUCUGGAGACCAUGUCAUGUUUCAGUUGCUGGACAAUAUUUUUGUUGAUCAUGAUUUGAUCCAGAACGCGUCAGAAUCAAGACAUCUUGUGUCCCUGCAGAACACAGCGCAAAAAUCUGGCGUCUGGAAAAUCUCCAAUAACAUCUUCACUAAAAAUAAAAACAUGGACCAUCUGGUGGAUAUUACGUUUCAAAAUGGAGCAGACAGCAGCUACCAUGUGGAAAUCAGCAAUUCCUCUUUCUUGGAUAAUGAGGCAAGCGUUCUUUCCUUCAAACAGUCGGACACCUCGGCUUCAGAUUUUCGUCUCUAUGGCAACCAUUUUAGACACAAUAUCGCAGGAUCAAAUGUCAGCGUAGUUAGCUUAGUUUAUCAUUCUGACCAAAACGCCAAGUUAACCGUAGCAAAUAACACUUUCCACAGAAAUUCUGCCAGAAACAUUUUGUUUGUCAUGUUGAAUGAAACAAACAGGUAUUCAGAUUACGGUGUUUUUGAGGACGGAAAAAUUACAGAGAACAUCAUGUUUGACAACAAUGCACGGAACAUCGUGAACCUGGCUGCGUAUGGCUUGCGCUUCAACAACAACACCGUUAGCAACCCGCGUGCAAAGUGUGAAUUAUUUGUCCCCGAGUUUCACAUUUCGAGGAACGUCCUAGCCAGAUACACCUACUGGGGUCAUCCAAACUUAGAGGCCAUCGUGGAGCGAAUCUGCGGCUUUGACAUGGACAUGACUCGAGCCAUCGUGGAUUAUCUCCCUUAUCGCAGAUCUGAAUCCUGGACAGAUGUUUCCAUGGUAACGCUGGAUCCCUUGUCCUUAGAGUCGGUGUAUGGUGGGCAGAUAGUACUGGACACGGAGCUCACAGACAUUGCUAAAGUGUACCCCAUCAAGAGAUCUAUCUAUAUACGUGACGGAGCCACGCUGGUUGUCCCUCCAGGAUUACACCUGAGGUUUGAAGAAAACCGAGGCAUUUAUGUUGCAGGUAUGACCUCUCACCCCUAAUCAUAUCCCAAUGAUCAACUG